AUUUUGAUUCGGAGCGCAGAGAGCGCGGGGGGAGGGGGCCGGGAGCGGCGCGCGGCCCCAGCGGCGGCUCCGGCUGAGCGGGAGCGGCGCCGCCACAGCCACCGCACGCACACCCUCACCCAGCCCCAGCCCACCCCGCCCGCCGCCGCGGCAGCACGGACCCCCCUGCCCUCCUUCCUCCUACUCCUCCUUCCUCCGCCUCCUCCCCCCGCGGAGCGGAACGGCGGCGGCGGGAGGCUGCGGAGAGGGUCGGGUCGGCGGGGUCCCCCCUGCCGGGCGGAGGCGGCGGCGGCGCUGGUGGCGGUAGUGGCGGCGGUAGUGGCGGCGGCUGCUGCCGUGGUGGUGGGGGAGGCGGCGGCGGAGGAGGAGGAGGAGGAGGAGGAGAAGCGGCAGCAGGAAAAUGCUGGGACAGAAGAGAUGAGUACUCCCUUUACUAAGGCCUAAAACUGCCUGUUGAAAAACAAUCCUGACCAGGCAAGAUACGAAUGGCCCAAGGAAGCCAGCAAAUUGAUAUUCAGGUUUUACAUGACCUGCGACAGAAGUUUCCUGAGGUACCUGAAGGUGUUGUGUCCAGAUGCAUGUUACAGAAUAACAAUAAUUUGGAUGCCUGUUGUGCAGUUCUCUCUCAAGAGAGCACAAAAUAUCUCUACGGUGAAGGAGACCUGAGUUUUUCGGAUGAUUCUGGGAUUCCUGGACUACGAAAUCACAUGACAUCUCUUAAUUUGGAUUUGCAGUCACAGAACGUCUAUCACCAUGGAAGAGAAGGAGGUAGAAUGAAUGGAAGUAGGACUCUAGCUCACAGUGUUAGUGAUGGACACCUUCAAACCAGUCAGUCCAACAAUGAACUAUUUCAGCAGGAACCACAGACAGCACCUGCGCAGGUUCCACAAGGAUUUAAUGUCUUUGGGAUGGCUAAUACAGUUAGUACUUCUAAUCCAGGGCAGCAUCUUGGAUUUCACCUAGGCAGCAAAGGAGUAUCUAACUUGUCUCAACAAACACCCAGAUUCAACCCCAUUAUGGUAACUUUAGCCCCAAACAUUCAGCCUGGUCGCAAUACCCCAACGUCUUUGCACAUACAUGGUGUACCUCCUCCUGUACUUAACAGUCCCCAGGGAAAUUCUAUCUAUAUUAGGCCUUACAUCACAGCUCCUAGUGGUACUGCUCGGCAAACACAGCAGCAGCCAGGCUGGGCAUCUCAGUUUAAUCCCAUGCACCCUCAGCAAGUCUACCAGCCUUCACAGCCAAGUCCCUGGACUACUAUUCCUACAUCCAGUACUACGCCACAUACCUCAUCGCAACACUCAACACAGCCAAACCAGCAAGGCCACCAGACUUCUCAUGUGUACAUGCCUAUCAGUUCUCCUACUACUCCACAAGCACCUAUGAUUCAUUCAUCUGGUAGCUCACAAUCUUCUGCUCAUAGCCAAUACAACAUUCAGAAUAUAUCCACAGGACCUCGCAAAAAUCAAAUUGAAAUCAAACUUGAACCGCCACAAAGAAACAGUUCUUCUAAAUUGCGUUCAACUGGCCCUCGCACCUCCGCCGUUCCCUCUUCCCUCAAUAGCCAGACAUUAAGUAGAAGUCAACCCACUGUUUACAUAUCGGCCAGUCCUCCAAAUACUGAUGAAGUGAUCACACGUGGUCAGCCCAAGGUCUACAUUUCAGCAAAUGCCACAACAGGAGAUGAUCAACUUGUGCGGAACCAGCCCACGCUUUUCAUAUCCACAAAUCCUGGAGUAUCUACUACUGCUAGGAAUAUGUCUGGUCAAGUAAGCAUGGGUCCUGCAUUUAUUCAUCACCAUCCACCCAAGAGUCGAGCAGUGGGCAACAGCACCACUGCAACUUCUCCUCGAGUGGUUGUUACUCAGCCUAACACAAAAUAUACUUUUAAAAUUACAGUUUCUCCAAAUAAGCCCCCUGCAGUUUCCCCAGGGGUAGUAUCCCCAACUUUUGAACCUACAAACCUUCUAAACCUUCCUGAUCACUAUGUUGAACCAGAGGGUAUCCAGCAUCUUACUGACCCUGUUUUAGCACAUGUGGAUAGGAUCAGUGAUGCACGGAAAUUGAGUAUGGGAUCUGAUGAUGCUGCCUACACACAAGCUUUACUGGUACACCAGAAGGCCAGGAUGGAGCGACUUCAACGAGAACUUGAGGUUCAAAAGAAAAAGUUGGAUAAACUAAAAUCAGAGGUCAAUGAAAUGGAGAAUAAUCUAACACGAAGGCGCCUGAAAAGAUCGAAUUCUGUUUCCCAAAUUCCAUCACUGGAAGAAAUGCAACAGUUAAGAAGUUGUAACAGACAGCUGCAGAUAGACAUAGAUUGCCUAACCAAAGAGAUUGAUCUUUUUCAAGCAAGAGGACCACAUUUUAAUCCCAGCGCUAUUCAUAAUUUUUACGAUAAUAUUGGAUUUCUUGGUCCCGUGCCACCAAAACCCAAAGAUCAGAGGUCCAUUGUGAAAACACCAAAGACUGUUCCAGACACAGAUGAAGAUGAGGGAGCUCAGUGGAGUUGUACCGCCUGUACUUUUUUAAACCAUCCUGCCUUAAAUCGCUGUGAACAGUGUGAAAUGCCCAGGCAUUUCUGAGCCAACAGGCCCAUUACCUUCCCUAAAACCAUAGCAAACGUACAAGGAAUUGUCCAGGCAUUGGGGGGCAAAAAAAGCAUUUAUGCAUAGGGUUUUGUAAAAUGGAAGGUGUGACGAGAUGGUGUUUUGCUAUUGUUAAAUGUCAGCCCACAGAGCAAGCAAUACCUCAGAGCUGUGUCACAGGCAGCUGACACUGAUCGGCUGAAGGGCAAUCUGCUGAGAGACUCGCCAGCUGCCUGAACCAUGUACAGUAUUACCAGGAACACACACCGUGUUCAGUGCCUGGGUGUCGCCCAUCCUCUUCUCUGCCCCAAUGUCACUACUGAAUUUUGACAGGGGAAAGGAAUAGAGUGCUAGUGUUUUUGUUUUCAGAGCUUUCAGUGAAACACUACAUGCACAAAGGAAAUCUUAAAAGGAACAAGGUUUAAAUAUUUAAACUGUUUGCUGCCACAUAGUGCCUUUGAUAAAGGGAAGAACUUCACAAAUCAGUGGUACUCUUUGCCUUGUCUUCCCUGAAAACAUCUCUGUGAAGCCAGAAAUCAUUACAAUCACAUCUAAAGAUGAAAAGGAAAAACUGCAUGCGUUGUCUGUACAAUACACACAGUGAAAUACCCCAAAGCUUUUCCUACUGUACAUAGCUCUAGAGCCUGCUUUAAGUGAUUUCCUUUCCUCACCUUUAUUAUUUUCUUGUACUUCUGUAUGUAUAGUGUAAUAGUCUUUUUGUUAACUUUCUUUUUUUCCCUUUAAGUGAUUAAGCACGAUCAUGUCCCUUUUUUUAAGCUUUUAUCUGAGAGAAGCAAUGCCUUAAAAUAAGAGCAUUAGUAAAAAACUAUGCACAAAAUAGCUUUCCUCUGCUCGUUCUGUACAUUGCUCUUGUAAAUGCUGAUGAUCUGUGAAGACCUGCAGAUGCAGCGUGGUAAAAGUGCAGGAAAAGUUGGAAGAGUUACGCAUAUAGUUCACUCUGUACACUGAGUUUUACGGUGGGUGACACAAAGGGAGCAUUUUGUCUGCUGUGAGGAAACUUUAUAGUAGGAAACUUUCAACCCACCAACAGAUCAGCAUCCGAGUUAAGCUUGCUUCAUCUGCUGGGUGUCUUGCAGACUCCUGAAGAGAGAUUCAUUGGGGAAGUACUUAAAGUGCCAAAAUCAACAGCAGCAGCAUCAUACGGCUUUGUUCAAGGACUUUAAAUGCUUUCCUGUUUUGGCAGCCAGUUUCUAUACCUGACUUUGUGGUGAAGUCUCAUAUUUAUAGAAAACAAGGAUAGCAAUAUUUAGGACAACUGAAAUAAAGGCUGGAAAAGAGAAAUCAAACAGACUUGAACACUGAAGCAACCUCAAGCAUCUCUUUUAUUUUGAUGAUCUAUUUUUUUAAGGAAAAUACUCACAUGAUCGGGGAUGUAUGUAACCGAGAUCAAGAAAAUGGAAUUCCAGUACAAUAUGCAUGAAAGACGGCACACAAAGAAUUAUGUAGCAGCAGCACUUAGUGUGAGGCUGGAGGGAGUGCUAACCAUGUAGCAAGAGACAAAGUAGACUGUCACCCACUGUAAACAUCCGCCAGUGGACACUUUUAUUAGGAGUUUUACAAGUGAUCUAUGUGAAUGCACAGAGGCCUUUGUUUUGAAGGCUUUGCAAUUUUUUGUAUGUGGGAAGAAAAUGUCAAUCCCAGGUAAUUAGGCAGUAGACCCAAAGCAGUUGCAUUCAAUGCAUUUUGUUUAUAAAAUGAGGCCUUGUUUUUCAGCUUCAUCUGCAGUUCUAUGUGAAGAUUGACAAAUCAGUUUUUACCUGUUUAUUAAUAAAACCUAAUUUGGAUAUCUUGAGUUGAUGGUUUUGUGAUUUAGCUGGGUAAACUGCCUUUGUAACAGAUAAGUUAUUUAUAAAAAUUAAAAAAAAAUAUAUUCUAAUGCUUUCUUUUGUGGUUUGUUUGCUUUUUCCAUGCUGUGGAGCAACAGAAUACUCAACGGAGCAAUAAGCAUUAACGGUAUUAAAAGUAGGCUGAUUUCUUA